CGUUAUUACUAGAGAUACCUACGUCUGAUAGCCUGAUACAUGGUAUCCCUUACUAGUCUGUAGUCUGUGGGGCGAAUAAAUAUUGUUCAAUUUGUUCAUUUAUAUUGAAAGAAAACGUAGGCAAAGUGCUGUGACAUGGAAAAUGAAGAUGAAACUCUCAGAUUCCUUUAACUACCAUGGCAAGGUGGACUUUAUCGACAUGCAAUUAAUACCAAAUGGAAAUUACAAAUGGAUUUUACAUUAUCAAGAUCACACUACGAAAUUUUCAUUCCUCCGUCCGUUAACAUCAAAGCGGAAAGAAGAAGUUGCUUUUGAAUUAUUGAAAUUAUUUUUAGAAUUUGGGUUUCCAGCUUCAUUGCAAAGCGAAAAAGACGGGGAAUUUCUUAGUGCGGUAACUAAUGAAUUAUUUGAAGUAUGGCCUAAUUGCAAAAUAAUCAACAAGAAUUCAGUCAUCCACGAGUCAAUAGAUCCAGAUGUAGAAAAUAUGUUACAAGCUUGGAUGCAGAAUAACAAUUCAACUAACUGGGUGAUAGGGAUACAUUUCGUGCAGUACCAAAAAAAUUGUACUUUUUACCAGACUAUACAGAAAACACCUUAUAAUGCUCUAUUUGGGAUUGAUCCUACAGUGGAAUUCAAAUUGGAAUUGUCCGUGGAUUUUCUUAGUAAGCUUCAUUUACAUGAAGGCAUGAAAAAUGGAAAUUGUGAUAUUACAGAUCAAUCAAAAUAUCUUCUACUGAAAUCAGAAAGCUAUGAACAACAAGACUUAGUGUUGCGUAGUAUUAAAAAGGAGCCAGUGCAACUUGAAUCAGAAGAGUGUGUAAUCUACGAUGUACAACAAGACUUAAGUGAGUUUCAUAGUGUUAAAAUGGAGCAGGUGCCACCUGAAAUACAAGAGCCUGUAAGCUGUGAAGAACAAGAAUCAAUUACAGCACCAGCAGGGUCUCAUAAUGUAAAAACAGAACCAAUGGAAUAUCAAUCACCAUUAGCUGAUUCACUUGCAGUCCAAGCAGAAGAUUGUAGUAUUGAGACAGAACCAGAGGAUUUCCAAAUACUACAAAUAAAUAUACACACAAAGAAACACACACACAAUCAACUUAUAACCUCAGCUGCUUAUGAUUUACAAUAUAAAAAUGACAUUCCAUCAAGAGAUGCUUUUAAUGAAGCACUUGCACCAAUGAUGAACUAUUAUAGCCCUAGAUCUAGAAAUGCACUAUGGACGAAAAAAAGAAUAUAUAAAGCCAUAAGAAGUAUCGGAGAGUUAAAACGUAUCAGAAUCACUAAAGCUUACAGAUAUUAUGCACGUCAUUAUGAAGUAUGCAGCAUAUCAGGUCAGAAGACUUUAAUAGUCAAGCGACGGUCUACAACUGAGCCCAAAGUUAAAAUCAUACCUUCAGACGAAUUUUAUGACAUUCUAUCAGAUAUUCAUUACGAAACAAAUCAUGGUGGGCGUAAUACAAUGCAUGCGAUUAUUAAAAAUAAAUAUAACAUACCGAUUGCAGUGGUUAAUGCUUUCCACAGAUUAUGUAAAUCUGUAAAAUGUCGAAAUAUUGGGCCAAGACGCAGAGGCAAUCUGCAGGAAAAUCGCAUUGCUCCACCACCUACCCUAGAAUCUAUUGACAAAAAUGCCAUAAAAAGAACAUACGCAAGAAUAAAAAAGUAAAUGACGUGAGUAAAAACUUACACUGGAUGUAGGUAAUAAUAAUCCUUUUAGUGUUACCUACUUACUCGAAUGUAAAUUUAAAAAAGUUGUAAAAAUUUUGAAAUCUAAUGAAAAAUAUUAAAUAAUA